AUGGCUGAUUACAACGAAGAAGAGGAUCUGUUCGCCGACCUCUACGAGGGUGACGACGCCGCUCCUUCGGCUCCAGCUGCUCCCGCAGCAGCUCCCGCCCCUACCACUGUUGAAACCGCCGUCGCCGAUCAGACUGAGUCGAUACCCGUCUCGUCAGAACAAGCUCCCAAGUCAGAGCCCAUCGCAAACGGAUCCAACCUACCCGCCGAACCCCAAUCAUAUUCCAACGAUGGCUGGAACGAACAACAGCAGCAGGGCCAGCAAAACUGGGAUUACAACAACCAGAACCAAGGUAACGACUAUGGCGCUGCUCAGCAGAUGAACCACGGCGGAGCUGCCGAUGAUGACUAUAAGCCCAUCGGCAUCAAAGAAGACGGGUAA